AAAUUAGGCUGCGCUGCCAUCCUUUUUAAUCAGACUAUACGCCUCUUUUUCUCUUUUCUCCGGUAAUUAAUUCCUUAUUUGUUUGGGUGACUCGAAAAAAAUAUGGAGCAAGCAAAAUUGGCGACAAAUCUGGGACGUCUAUUCUCAUCAACACUCGUCAAAUCCGAGUUCUUCAACUCGACGAGUCGCCGAGUUAUCUGCACCACAUCUCAGCUUUUGCAAAUCCACCAGCAACAGAAAAAAGAGCCCUCGGUUUCCGAGAUCAACGAGAAGGCUCAGAAUCAAAUCGAAGAUGAGAAGAAAUUCGAUUCAAAAGAAGAGGACGAGGACGAGGACGAGGACGACGGUUACAGAAACAAAGUCACCGGUGAACUAGGAGGUCCCCGUGGACCGGAGCCGACGCGCUACGGCGAUUGGGAAAAGAACGGUCGGUGCUCUGAUUUUUGAAUUGAAUUUUCAGAAAUUUCUCCCAAUAAUGGCGUUUUUUAUUUUGUUUUUCCUUUUUCUCUGUAAUUUUCUGUUAAAUUAGAUUAGAAUUUAAUAAAAGGAAUGUACCAACAAAUUUAAUAGUAAUUUAGAUAGAUUGAUUUGCAUGCUUAAUAGUUA